AGAGGAAAAGACAACAUGGGAGAUGAUGGAGAUUGUGAAUGCAGGCCAUUGGGUUUCUUGAUUGGAUUGCCCUUUGCUCUCUUGGCUUUGAUUUUAUCUCUUGUGGGUGCAGUUAUCUGGGUUCUUGGGUCUAUAUUGAGUUGCUUGUGCCCAUGUUGCAUUUGCUGCACCGGAUUGGCUAAUUUGGCUGUGAGUCUUGUAAAGCUUCCAAUUCGGAUUCUUAGAUGGUUCAUUCAUCAAAUUCCUUGCUAGAGAUUACAAAUUUUCGCCUUUCCCUUUGUAGUAAAAGUUUGACUUGUUUGCAGCAAUUAUUGACCCUUU